AUUCUGGUCGCACGGUGCCGUCUGGAUCCACCUUCAACCGUCGCUGGGGCAGUUCACCCCACACUGACAUAGCCGCUUGGCGCUAGCUUAUCAAAUGAUACGCAUCUGCUGCCAAGCUACAUCCAAGUUUAGUGCGAGCUAGCCAAUCCAGGGAGCACCAUUUGGUUGCGGGGACUAUGGCCUCUGGGUCAGUGGCAUCGAAUUGAUGGAGCAUGGAGUCAGUCUUUCAAUUUCUUAUAUCCACGUACGCUGGGAUCACCCUGAACCCUCCAGCCUAGCCUGCACGUCUCCAUGCAAGCUUGGUUGCGCCCGACCUGACCCUUCGCCCCCUUUGCUUUUUUGUUUAGUUGUUUAAUACAAAAAUGAUGCUCAACCAGAGGACUUGCCGGGCGUCGGCGCGGCCCUUCUCGAGCAAGCAAAGCAGCAGGUCCGGGCGAUGCACGAUUGUCGCCCGCGCGGGCGCUGGCCCCAGCGGGCAGCCGCUACAGCGUGCUGAAAGUGCCACGGGAUUGAUAUGCCGGCGUCAGCUGCUCGCGGCGCUGGCCGGCGUCAGCAUCGCCAGCGUGGUGCUGCCCCCGUCGGAGGCCUCCGCGGCAGACGGCGCGUCCGUGGUGGGGCCCCCGGAGGGCAACGCAUUCCUGCUCAGCGCCACCGAAGUGGCGGCGCUGACCUCCCAGGAGAAGCUGGUGCUUAACCUGAACCGCCGCAUCCAGACCCAGAACCGUGUGCCCGUGGACUUCCCGGGCUUCAUCCGGGAGGGCUUCGACGUCAAGGUGUUGGGCGAGGGCUACCAGGUGGCGCCAUCCGGGCUGAUCUACAAGGACUUCGAGGAGGGCACCGGCCCCCUGCCUGUGGACGGGCAAGAGGUGGUGUUCAACUACACGGCGAGGAGGAUACGGUGUAGCCCAUGCCUCCGGCGGGCUGCGGGCUGGUCGGAUGGGUAGUGGCACGGAGGGUGGUGGAGGUGCUGCGGGAAGUUGGGAUGUGCGUAGUUGGUUGACAGUGGGCGCUGAUCCUCCGCUCUGCGGUUCGAUGAUGUGCCGAUCGUGUGCUGGUGACGGGAGCACGUUCAGACGUGCACGUUACGAAAUAUGGGAGCGCCUGUCAGAGAGCACGCGAUGUUAGUCUGAUGAGCUGUCAGCUGUGUUUGGUGGCACGGGGGUCGCCGCCUGAUGCCGGGACUGAGGCCUCGAGUUGUGUGCUGCGCAUGCAUGUUCUGUUGUUGGAGACCUGCUGCCUGGCCGUCGCUGCACUGCUGCGUGCCUGGCAAGCCCUAACUGUGUCUUCCUGCUCCGCAC